AAUUUAUUUUUAUUCCCAAAAAUAUUUUAAUUUAAUCUAACGAACUUAAUAAUGAUAAUGUGUUAAGACGUGAUGACAUGUUCUUGGUUGUGAACUAAAAGACCCAAUUGACAGUGAAUUGAAUUGAAUACUGCAUUUAAUCAUUUGUAGGUUCCAUUUUCUGAUGUACCAAAUCAUAGCCUUAAUUAUUAUUGUUCUUGUAACGACAUUUAGGCAAUAUUCUCCUUGUUUUUCUCCCUUCCACUCUCUUUCCACACCUUUCUUCUCUCUCACACAAACCAAAAUUAUUCCCAAAAAAAGAAAUUAAACAAACAAUCAAGAAAAAUAAAAUGCUGUUCUUACAUUCCUCUCCAAAAUUCUACCGUUUUAGUUUGAUAAACCAAGAUUUUAUCCACAUCAAAUGUAAAUGAACAACUAUAUUGAUCAUUAUUACCGUAACCAUUACCAUCAUAAUUACUACUAUCGAUUCGAAAAUGGAUAUAAAACGAACAAUGACCAUGAAUUGGGACGGAUUAGGAUGUCACGACGACGAAGAUGACGACGAUUUCUUCGACGCUAACAACCGUAUUUCCACGGUGGUCCCUAUGGACUUGUUAAUGAGGCACUCCGACGAUGACUCAGAUGAUGACGACUUUGAGGACCCACGUAUGUCCUUCGCGUCUGUCAUUUCAUCGUCGUCGGAAGGGGGCCUACAACACACGAACAAUGUUGUAUUGCCCCCCACCCCUCCCCUGCCGCUGCCAUCCACGGAGGAGUAUGACAUAUGGAUGGCAGCGCCGACAUCUAUACAGGAGCGUAGACGUCGGCUGCUGCAGGGGAUGGGGUUGAAUAGCAGCAAGGAACUUCUUAAGCUUAGGACAAUGGUCAUGUCUAAGAAGUUCCUUGCUGUUGAAACUCCGCCUUUGCCUCAUGAUGAUAGCAAAAAAGGAGAGGAUAAAGAUACGUCCCCAUUGAUGACAAACAGCAGCAGCGAUCAGAAUCAUUCUCAUGAAGAUCAUUCCACGGCGUCUAUCCCCCCAGAUGCUUCGGUUAUUCUGGUCAGGUCACGAUCUGAUGGCGACAUUGAUCCCUUCUCUUUCGAGACAAAACGAAGGAAAGAGCUAUUAAUUGGAAGCAUUUCCAAACAGAGGAUAACCAGGACUUUAUCCACUUAUGUACCCUUUUCUCGUCUAUGCAAGUUAAAUUACAAUACUAAUGACACCGCGUCCACCUCUACCUCUACCUCAGUUGCAACCACCCACCAAAGCAACGAUCACGAGAUUAAAAAGAGCAGUACAGAAAAUACUAAGAAAGCCAGGCCAAAGAGCCGUAUGCUUACGAAUAGUGGAGAGCAAUUAGGAGCAUUCUUUCUGAUAAAAAACUUAGAUACAGGAAAAGAAUUUGUUGUGAAGGAAUUUGCAGAAGAUGGAAUGUGGAACAGGCUAAGUGAUCUUCAAACAGGAAGGCAAUUGACAAUGGAGGAGUUCGAAAAAUCGGUGGGCUAUUCCCCGGUGGUGAAGGAGUUGAUGAGAAGAGAAAACAGGAGACGGAAUAAUGAUGUUGACAGUAAUGAAGCCGGCCUCGAAAGGAAAAGUAGUGUCAACGCGUACUUAUCCAAGAGUUUUAGGUAUAGCAAGAAGAGGGGAGUUUCUCUCCUUAAGAACAUCAACAAAGUGGCUAAUUCGGUUACUGGUUUAGGUGCGGUUGCACCGGAAAAAGAGCAGCACCUACCCCCUCCUAUUCCUGUUCCUACUCCUACUACUCCACCGGAGCCGCAGAAAGGUGUGAAAAAUGGUACUCAAAACAGUGAGUGGGUAAGGGUGAGGUCGCAGGGGAAGGCAUAUAAGGAGUUGACUGCAUUAAGAUUCUGCCAGGAGAUACAGGCUCACCAAGGAUCAAUUUGGACCAUUAAAUUCAAUUUUGAUGGGCGGUAUUUGGCAAGUGCAGGGGAGGAUAAGGUGAUUCAUGUAUGGGAAGUUCAAAAAUGUGAGAUAGCUUCUUUAAAACCACCCGAGGAAAGUGCUAAUUCCACCCCUGUUCAUCCUGUGUUCUGCCCGUCCCCUGACCGGGCACCAGACAUGUCCACAUUAGAGAAGAAGAAAAAAGGGAGAUCAGGCAGUCGUCGAGGAAGUAACAUGCCUGAUUAUGUUCAGUUGCCUGAGACCGUGUUUGCACUCUCAAAUGAACCCGUUUGUUCGUUUAAAGGUCACUUGGAUGAUGUGCUAGAUCUUUCCUGGUCUAGUUCUCAGUUUUUGCUUUCUUCUUCAAUGGACAAAACUGUAAGACUGUGGGACUUGGAGAAAAAGGUCUGUUUGAAGCUGUUUGCGCACAAUGACUAUGUCACAUGUAUACAGUUUAAUCCUGUGAACGACGAAUAUUUCAUAAGCGGCUCACUCGAUGCCAAGGUUCGGAUAUGGAAUGUACCCGGAAGACGGGUUGUUGACUGGACUGAUCUCCAUGAGAUGGUUACUGCUGCUUGCUAUACUCCUGAUGGCCAGGGAGCUGCAGUAGGCUCUCACAAAGGAAACUGUCGCAUGUACAAUAUUUCCGAAGGGAAGUUAAAUCCAACGAUUCAAUUUGAUAUACAUAACAAAAAGAAAACUCCAAAGAAGAUAACUGGUUUCGAGUUUGCCUCAGAUAACCCAAACGAAGUUCUUGUAACCUCUGCUGAUUCGAGAAUAAGAAUAUUUGAUGGCUCGGAAUCAAUCCAAAAGUUUAGAGGAGGAUUUCGAAAUACUAGCAGUCAAAUUGCUGCUUCUUUUAGCCCAGAUGAAAAAUAUGUAAUAUGUGGGAGUGAAGAUUCAAAUGUUUAUGUAUGGAAGCGAGAAGAGCCCCGAAGUGGUAAAACCAAAAAUGUAAUUGACACAAGUUCUUACGAGUAUUUCCAGUGUAAAGAUGUAUCUGUGGCAAUCCCAUGGCCCGGUGGUAUCAAAAUUGAACCUCCCACAAUACAGUUGAACUCUAAGAAGAACUCAAAAAAACCACAAGCCUCUGCUACCAGUUCACCCAAGAAAGAAGAUGUGAACAAGAACAAGAAGCAACUCCCCCCCUUGCCAACUAACAAGAAAAACAGCAACACAGCAGAGAAAACUGUGAACAAUGACAACUGCAAUAACAACACCAGCAGCUGCAUCAACAAUGAAAGCAUAAAUAACAGCAACAUUAAUAAAGAUGAAUAUGAAAAUAACAGCAACAACAACAACACCAUCAUUAACAGCAAUAACAAUAACAACAACAGCAGCAACAACAUCAACAACAGCAACAACAAUAACAGCAACAACAACAGCAGCAACAGUGAGAACAGUUUAGAUGGUGAAAAGCCUCCUUAUAGUCCAGAAGCAGAUCCUGCUCAGAUUGCCAGAACAGAAUCUGGUGUGGACAGUUCUUUUAACUCGUGUUCUGGUGGAUCAAUAAGGUAUAGUGACUCACCUUCCAACCUUGGCUCAUCGUCACCUUCAUGGGCGCCAGGUUGGUCUUGGUUUGAUGGGGGUGGAAGCCAUGGAAGUGAGACCAUGCAAGCUAGAGCAUGGGGAUUGGUCAUUGUGACAGCAGGACUAGGAGGAGAGAUAAGGGCAUACCAAAAUUUUGGGGUGCCGCUCAAAGUUGGGCGCCAAUCCAAUAUCUUUAUCACAAAAGGUGAAUAAGUUUUUGUUGGAGUACAGUAACAUUAUUGGUGGGUGGGGCGGGGGGGUUAAGAAUGUACAUAGAAAGCACAGAUUGUUUUUGGAGGUUGUAUUCUGAUUUCAUCAGUAAGAUAUUCUCUGUAAAGCUGUAGGACUAACAAAAUUUUGUUAUGUGGAGUUUUUUUAUACUACCUCCGUUUCAUAUUUUUUGCAACUUUGGGGUAAUAUUUGUGAGAUAUAAAAUAUUCCAAAGUUGCAAAAAUUAUGAAACGGAGGUAGUAAAAAAUUCAUAAUGAAAGGAAAUUAGACGAGACUAGUAAAAAAAUAAAUAAAUAAAUAAAUAAAAAAUAAAAACAGAAAACACCUUUUGAAAGAGAAUUUGAUAGCAACCACUUUUUUAAAAUAAAAAAAUAAAUAAAAUGUAAAAAACAUUAAAAAAAUUUGUUAACUACAUACCACCCUAUGCCAGAUUAUGGCCUUAACUAAGCUUGGUUAAUUUUUUUACUUAAAAAAUUAUGGAUUCCUUUUUAUUCUCAGUCCCAUCUCAACUCAAUUGCUUACUUUAAGCUUCUAACUUCUCUCUCCUACCUUACGCUUUAUGAACUCCAACUACCAUGGUUAACUUCAAGCUUCUCCACCACCAAAAAUCACUCUCUCCAUCACAAAUACCACUACCAUUAUUCAAAGUUGACCCGUAAUCAACAUGGUUCUUCAUUUCUCUCUUCGCCAUUCUGCAUUCUGACUUUAAUUAUCCAUCAAAAUUGAAAAUUCCAUAAGCCCCAAUCAAGAGUGUGGUUGGAAGAUGGGUGGGAGAGGAGGAAUUUGCAGUGGGAGUUGGUGGUGGAUGAGAGGAGAGUUCAGUGAAGGGAGGAUAAAGAGUGGUUGGAACAUUUGUGGGUUGGUGGCUUUCUUUGUGCAGGCUUUAGGUUCUUUUGAGCCGGUGAUAGUGGUGGUUGGAAUGGUUAUGAAGGAUGAGGGUUAAUUAACGGUGGAAAGGUUGAGUUUUGGGGAAAGAUGGGGGUGGGGAAUGAGGAAGAAAGUGAAUGCUUAACCCCUUUUUUUUUGUAAAAAAAAAGAGUGAAUGCUUAUUGCUUAACCAUAGUCAAGUAAAGUUAAUAUCAACAGAAUUUUUAAACUACUUUCAUUAAUAUCACUUUAAGUAAAAGUAAAAAAUAUAGGGCUACCAUUGAUAAAAAAAAAUAAAAAAAAAUCGGCUACCAAUUAUAGAAGUCAAAAGUAUAAAGCUACCAAUGAGAAUUUUCCCUUAUUUCAUAAGGAAAUUCAGUCUGACUAUGGAUCAUUGUUUGAAAUGAGUUUGAGCUGAAUAAAAGGAAAAGAGGAAAACAAUCAGCAAAAUAUAACAGACUGAGAAUAAAACAAACCUUAGGAAACAGCAGGUCCUUGAGCAUUAUCAGCAAAAGAACAGACAGUUUCUUUACAAGAUCAACACGGUUGCAAUUGCACCAAUAUUAGCCAAAGCUAACUCUCGCAACUAAGGAACAGUAAAAGCAUACAAACUGUUACAUGAACAGGCAGCUUGUAAUUUAUGAGGAAAAAUCAUAAUCACCGAACAAAUUAGCAACAAAAUCAAAAUCCCCAAACCUUUGGAUUAAAGCAACUGAAAGGAUAGUGCACCUGAUCGACCUCAUCAUUAGUUAGUAGAGUCCCUUCACGACCAUUGAUCUCAAUGGUUUCAUAGAAUUGUAACAAGUCUACCAGUUUCCCCUUACAUGUGUACAUAGUGCACUCAAAGACCUAAAAAGUAUCUAGCACAGCCAGCAGAAUAAAACAAGUUAAUGGCAUGAUGCAAAAACAUGAUUAAACAAUCAAUCUGGGAAACAGUCACUUGGAAUACUCAGAUCUCAAAGAGAAUCUUUGAGUCUUGAAUAUAGAUCAUAUCCCAUUCCUAAUAAUUCAGGUCUAUGCUGCCCAAAACAAGGAAACAAAAUUACUCUACACCUGCUGCAAAAUACAUAAUCAUUAGCUUCUGCCUUAGGUGUUGCUUGUUGUUCUUUCUGGAUCAAUUGCCGCAGCUUCUGUAUCAGCUACUAAUAUAUUGUCCUUACAACUGUAUAAUCACCCAGAUCACCUAAAUGAAAAUCAAACCACCAAGCACCUUAAUGCUGCCUCAAUUAAAUAAGUAAUCUAGCAGUACAGAAUGUCUGACCAGAAGUUACUAAUUUAUGAAUUUCUUUCACGCUUGAUUCCGAAUUCUUUCAAUAUACUUCAGAAAUAUAAUCAAAGUCCUUAUGUUUUCACCUUUGUCCAUUAAGUUUAAAGUUUCCAAUUUACAAUUUUAUUUUAUUUUUUUAAUAAAGAUCCUGCCCGUAGUGCAUUUAGGCACAUGACAGCAGCAGCUGACAGAGGAAAAUAAUACUACCUCUGUUUCUAAUUAUUUGCAACGAUUAGAUUAGAUUCUUUUCACUCACACUUUAUGUCAAAUCGUUGCAAAUAAUAAGAAAUAGAGGUAGUAUAAAGUCCAGCCUUUAAGAGGUUUUCUUCACAUGAUUAGCAUUUACACAUACUUCUUGCCUAGCAAUUUAGCAAGUAUGUUAAGACAUAGGCCUUAGUUUUUACGUCUUACGUAGUUUCUACUGUGCUCUAGUAGUCUAGUGUCUUGAUGGUUAAGAGAAAGGCCAACCAAAGUUGUCAAGAAUCUUACCUAAUGUCAAGCAAAUAGGGCUUGAUCUAUGCAGAACAAGAAGCCAAUCAAGCCAUCAGAAGCUUUCAAGUGAAAAUAGUGGGAGUGCCCAAAGAUGCAAUCAGCAGUUGAGUAUUUAGAGUUCUUGCGAUAAUGGAGGAGGGGCAGGUGGGGAUGAGUGGUAAAAGAAGCACAAAAAUAAAGAUGAAAAAGAGCAAAUUAAAUAACCAAGAUGAAGGUCUUAUACAGUAUUAGCAAAAAAAAAUCAGUCACCUGCAAUUUCACAAUGAAUACAGCUCUAUGUAUUGAACACUUAUCUCAAAGCUCGCUCCCCAUGUACUGAAACUAGGUAAGCUUCUGGGUAUCAAACUAUCAGGCGCUAUCAAUGCACAUAUGAACAUAUUGUGUUAAAUCCGAUUUGUUCACACCAAUUUGUCAGUGAAUAUAGAUAAUGAAGACAAAAUAAUAACUUUCAAAUAACUACAUAUUAUAGAUAUGAUAAUGAGUAUUGUA